AUGGGAAGGGACCGUGGACAAUUCGUGUCAGCCGUUUCUCGUUGUUCGUGUUCGAGAUCCUUUGUCUCCCUUGCAUCCGCCAGUUCUCAUGGCCGAUGGAUCAGGACGAUGGCAUGGCGGCGUAAGCGUGCUGUUGGCAGGAGGCGAGGAGAGAAGACGAAGGAAGAGGAGGGAGGAGGAGAAGAGAAGAGACAGACAGAUGCCUUAGAUGGGAGGGGGAAGGGAAGUGGAGUGGAGUGA